AUGCGAUCAGACAGCGCAGCCGAUUCUCAUGGUGAGAAGCGACUCCCAGCUUGUACGAAUUGUCGUCGACAUAAAGUCAAAUGUGUCCACUCAGACCCAGAUGACCUCACAUCACCAUGUUUGCGAUGUUUGAAGGGCAACAAAGACUGUGUUUUUGACCUGGGUGGCCGCAGGCGCAACAAAACUCAGACGCCCCCUACGGCAUCCUCAUUGCACAGAGUGGACAGCGACGCUUCAGUUCACAAAGACCAAUACAAGUAUAAGCACUCGACAAACAACAGCUUCUCUAAUGGAAUACCCCAACAUGGUCGACAAGUGUACUCCAACUAUCAGUCGGUGGGAGCACCACUAGACUUUUCUAUUGGCAGUUACGACAACAGCGAGGAUAUCACUGGCCAUUCAUUUGCGAACAUGUCUGAUUCUAGCAUCGACAGCCCCAUGUUCAAAAGCAAGCUGAAUCAAAACAACAAUUCUACUUAUUCUUCUCCCAGUGAGGAAGCGUCUCCAGAGGGCCAACGUGGCAUGAACAGCUUCAAAAAAGGGACAGUUCCUACUUCAGUUAGCGGUCUUCCCAGACUGGAAGCCACUAAUGCCACCGGUAAUGUAGAUGGCCUUCAGCAGACACUGUCUUCUCAGGCUGCCUCAGCUUUACCCAGUAUCCCCCCGCACCAACAACUAUUGCCUCACCAGUCAUUAUUUGUUGAUGCAAUUCCAAUGGACCAAUUCCGAACAUACAAGAUGUCAAACCCUGUGAACGUAAUGGCGAUCCGUGACCAGAUGCUUGCUGCCUGGCAAAAACUAACCGACCGUGAUACAAAGCGGGUGAAUAGCUACGAUAGUAUGGAUCCUGAGAUUUUUAAGGGCCCGCCUAAUCGUACCAUUAUGGAUAUCGGCAUCAUUUCUUUAGCAGAAGCUCAGCAACGUCUGGACUGCUAUCGAAACUUCAUCUACCCGUUUGUGCCGAUAAUUAGUAUUGGUGAUGCCAGUGUCAACGAGCUUGUUUCGGAGCGACCGCUUAUUUUCAACACAAUCAUGGACAUUACGUCGAGAUACAUCAAAGAUUCUGCCUCAGUCGCCACAUCGAUGAAAAUCCAUAAUGUUGCUUUUGUUGGCCUGAUAAAAGAGGUUUUGAUUUACAGCAACAAAACGCUAGAGGGUUUCUUGGCGCUGCUUCUCCAAAUAUACUUUUACAACGAACCUGAGUUCUACCAUCGGUCUCGUAUUUAUUCUCUUACUGCGGCGGCAACUUCAUUGGCAUUUGAUCUUGGACUUGGCGUGGCGCCUUUGGCUCAGGCCCCUGGAAACCACGAGCUCCCUAGAUACGAACAGAUUGUCACUCCACAUAUUUUGGUGGACUCAACAAAUGAAGUCUGCUAUAAAGCGUGGGUUGCCUCGUAUUCUGCCACAUUCAACGCGUUGACAGGGCUGAGACGGCCCAAUGCUGAUCUGUGGAAUAACUAUACCCGCGAUGCCAUCAGCUUUUUGCUGCGAUCUAACGAUCCUCAAAGUAUCACGAUAGCCAAGCAUGCGGAGUAUGUGCAUUUGCACUACGAAAUCACCGAGCGGCUGUUUCGCAAAAACAACGACUCAGAUGUUGACACUCAAUCGAGUCCAGCUAUCCUAUAUCUGAUUUCGCAAUUCGAUCAAGAAAUCGAGCGACUCAAACGGCUGAAAAUGCGUCCUGCCCAACCAACAGAUAUGUUCAUGUAUUUGUCAACUCGAGCGUUUUUGCAUCAAGGUGUCCUAUAUUGCAACUAUUCGAAGCAAUUUGGACGAACUCCGUUUACAAACUUCAGCCUGGCAGUGUUCACGCCUGAGCUAUCACCAGAAGCAGCUCGCUCCUUCAAAAUUUGCUACGAAGCGGCUGUGGGUGCUGUGAGAGCUCUCAUGGAGCUACCGAGAGACAAAUUUUUGUUUUUGCCUACACCUUUGCUCUUCCAGCUUGUCUUUAAUGCUGGUCUUAUUCUCAAGUGUAGGGCUCUAGUGAUGGUGAACAAGGUUUACAUGGACGCUCUUGGUGCCCCUACAGACUUUAUUGACGAUGUUAGUGAGACAGCAGCAGCACUUGAUACUGUUUGUGACGCUUAUCCGUUCUCGAAUAUGUCGCUCUGCCUCUCGUUUGUUAUUAAACUCUUGAUGUGCCAUAACGACGCUGUUAUCCAUCACAUGGUCACCAAGUAUGCUUACAGCCCUGAGAUUGUUGUGCCAUUGAAGGAAGGUAGUCCCACCGAGGAGUCUGGUACGCUGCCGGAUAUUUCAACGAAUUUUGUCCCUGAUGAAGAACUGCCCCCCGUGCCUCCCGGAGCGAUCAAAGCUGGAGAAUCAGCGCAUCAGUUUCUGAUUGCCCCAGAUGAAGAUAUAGUCGCGCAAAAUCGACGAGCGUCGGCUAUAAGUCUCGAAGGAGAAAGCCUCUUGAGAAACACCCAGAUUUUCCCGGCCGAUCUCGAGUUUGACGGCGACCAUCCGUUUUGGCAAGCCGGCGAAGAAUUCUGGAAAGGCGUUUUCCCUUCAGAUGGUGGAUUGGGUAUUGACUUGUAA